CAUAGCUGAUAGGGUGGAAGCUGUUUCAGAGCAGUGCGUGUUUUGUGUCUAGAAGUGCACACCAGGACUCAAGAUUCAUUUCCCGCUGAUGUCAUACGGCAGCGAGACGCCGCACGUUUGGAACAGCUCCUCUGGCAGUGAGGUGUCCCCGUACGGGUCGUUGUGGGACGCCCCUCCAGCCUCUGUGCCGUAUCCAGAAAUCCUGGCCUUCCCACCAGCCGACCUGGUUUGGUCGGCGGCAGGAUGUGGACGGAGCAGUGCCAGGUCCACCCCCGGGAAGAAGCCGAGGCGUCGCGUGGCUUCCGUCGCUCAACGACGCGCUGCCAACAUCCGCGAGCGAAGACGAAUGUUCAACCUUAACGAGGCAUUUGAUAAAUUAAGACGGAAAGUGCCAACAUUCGCAUAUGAGAAGCGUCUCUCGCGCAUCGAAACCCUGCGCCUGGCGAUCACUUAUAUCAGCUUCAUGUGUGAACUGCUGCACGGCUCACCACAGCCUCACCAUGCAUCACUGCACUCUCGACAUGUCUUCGAAACUGAUGUUCCAUGGUGUGCUUAGUAUACUUUAAUUCAAUGGCAAACUCACAUAGGCUCUACCGUCACCGUAUGAUAGUCUACUAUUUGCGGUGUUGCUUCAAAAAUAUACAAACAUAUUUUUAAGAGUAUUGCUCUGGUGUGUGUCUUAGAUCGACAAUAUUAAUAUUCUCUUUCUUCGAUAUUAAUUUCUGUCAAAAAGAGCCCUUGAAACCUUGAAUGGGUUUACUCUGAUAAUAUUCUUAAACGUAAGCAAAAAUAGAGUUUUCCUUUAUAUAAAUCUUUUAUUUGCUUGUGAGUUAUACCGAGGAAUAUUUUGGUUAAAUUAAUAAUUUUUUUCGUGAAUGGUUCUUGAAAUAGGCAAUUGAUGUAGAUCCGUUAAAAAUAUUGGUUUACUCAAAAGAAAGUUGUUUUUGCAAGAAAGCCGUAACACUUAUGCUGAUACAUUUAUA